AUGGCGGCUAUUGACCCACUGGAGGUUCCGCCUUUCCAACUUCAGUCUUUAUUAAAAGAUAUUAAUCCACAUGUGGGAGAUCUCUUGGAUUUGGGUCAAAAUCGGGAGCCACCUACACCCACUGUGAGCAGCCCGCUCGACCUCUUUGCGAGGGUUUCGAACUCCGCGAUUGGAAAGUCAGCUGCAAGACCUCCCCAGCCUCAAGUUCAGGUUAAUGUUCGAUGUGCACAGGCUUUGGGCCGGGAUAUAUAUGUGGGAAAUUCGGAUGGCACACUAGUGAGAUAUUCGUUACAAGAUCAAGGUUCUUCAAGAGACAGGGAUUUGUAUCAAGUAACUGCUCGACAAAUAUUGGCCGGCCGUAGACCGAUCGAUCAAAUCGCAUUAAUCCCAUGUAUCGCAAGGCUUAUCGUCUUUUCGGCUGGUACUCUGCACUUUUAUACGCUGCCAGGAAUCGAGCCGGUACCACAGGCACUCAUUCAAAGCAUGACACGAGUGCUGGCGUUUGCAGUUGACGAACAAGUCAUGCGUCUUCCCCCACCCAACGAACAGGGUCCUCCAACCGUUGAGCCCGUCGGCAUGUGCGUGUUCGUCCGCGGCCAGAUUCGCAUAUUUACCUUAAGGGAACGGCUUAUGCAUAUGAGGGACGUUCCUGUUCCAUCUGGACUGACGGUGCCGCGUCGGUGGGGCUCUACACUAUGCUGUGCCGACGCCGAAAACUACAACAUACUUGGGUUGGAUCAGCUUUUUUUCCUCCCUGUUAUGCCGCUUCCAGGUCUAACAAUCCCUGGAACUUUGCCUCGUAUCAUCCCUUCCGGCGAUGGUGGAUUCGUGGUCUUGCAGGCAAGUGGCGAGGGCAGCAUUGCGGUCUUCCUUACUGCUGGUGGAGAUCCAGGAGGAGCUUUGAUAGAAAUGCCUUGCUUUCCGAUCGAUAUUGCCCUUGAUCCUCCUCAUUUUAUUGCGCUCUUACCAAACAACACCAUCGAAAUCCACAAUUAUACUCAGCAACCCCCUAAAAUUGUACAAGUAAUACCCCGGCCUGAAGAUUUUGCUCCACAUGGGCUUUGUAUGAGUGGUGGCUCAGGUUACCUUGUUUCCGCCGGCGAACGUGAUUCCAAGCUGAGCACAAUUCGGAUUCCACUUACGUUGGAUCAUCCUGAGAGUAAAGUGGAAUCUCAAUCCGACGAAAACGUUCCAGAGGGUCAGCCCGGUUCCGGUCUCACGCCUCCUCCAACGCCUGCGCCUCCUUCGAAAGAUCGCGCUCCAACAAGCUAUGCAAGGUCGAGAAUUCUUCUAACAUCAAACAAUGCUGUGCAGUCACUUGUUCCUACAACGCUGUUGUCACAGGCCGAGAGCUUAUUAGGAGCGGGUCGUGAAAAGGAUAUCGUUCGUCUACUGGAUAUCGUGAGGAAGAAGACGGGUGAUGAAUACCAGGACGUCCAAAUACGCUAUAUUUAUACCCAACUUGGUUAUGCAAAACUCUGUGAAACUCAUUUCGAAGAGGCUGGGAACUAUUUCUUCAGAGCAGAAAUGGACGCACGUGCUUUAAUUCGGCUGUUCCCUGAUUUAUGCGAAGGGCUACCCGAAUACAACAACCCGGAAGAAACUAUACCCAUAUUCAAAGGUUUAGAGGAAACUGUACGCGAUAUGAAAAGUGUCGAAGAAAUCGUUGACUUGAACUUAGCUGUCGAUACAGUAUUAGCACGAUUGUUCGCUGAAUCAGGGGAAACUACCGAGUUACUUGAUCUGAUCAAGGACUCAACGCUAUUAACUAUUGGCGCAAUUGAACCAGCCCUUGUGAAACACCGACAGUUCCAGGCACUCGUCACGCUCUGUGCUAAAGUUGGCGAUGAGGCCCACCUAAUUAGUGUUCUAGCUAAACUUCAUGAUGGCCAAUAUAUGGACGCAGCGGCGGGAGUAAAAGAGCCCUUUGAGCAAGCUAUUAAAAUUCUUAACCGAACUCAAGACGUUGCGCUAGUACACAAUUAUGGUAUCUGGGUAUUGAAGCAUGACCCUGCUCUUGGCCUCAAGAUUUUCACUUCUCGCACCAUACCUAAAAUAGAUGACGCAGCAGUGUUGGCCGACAUGCAACCCAUCAACGACCUCGCUGCUGGUCGAUUCUUGGAGCAUGUUGUAUUGAAUAAGCAUAGUUCGGAUUCGAAUCUACAUAACCAACUGGCUGCACGAUAUUUGGACGAAGCGAUCGUUACUCUUGAAAAGCCCGGUGUACAACCUCUAUUUUCUGAAAUAUCCCAGGAAUAUGCAAAAUUACCACCAAAUCCCUUUCUCCUAUACAUCGCAAAUAGUGACGCGAUGCCUGGUGUCUUGGAUAUCCGAAUAAAACUUGCUCUCUUCCUACAAGGAUCCAGUUUGUACAACCCCCGGUCAAUAAGGGAGAAACUUCAAAAUUCGGGCAUCAGCGAAAUCUUUGCAUAUGAGAGGGCAAUUAUCGACGGAAAGCUAGGGCAUCAUCGCAAGGCACUCACAAUUCUCGUGCACGAGGUCCGCGAUAGCGUAUCUGCUGAGGCCUAUUGUGCUCUUGGGGGAGUGGUCAUUCCACCAAAGGUUGCCAAUCUGGUCGGUGAUCGCCGUGGAAUGCAAUCUCAUGCUUGGUUAGUUGGUACGGGAGGCAGGCGUGCCGCUCCGGUAACCGAAGAAAAACGGCGGGAGCUCUUGAAAACUCUGAUGGAAGUCUAUACGCUUGGAGGAGAGGCCACAGCAAUCCAAACAGCCCAAUUACUUAACUCCCAGGCUCAUAAUUUUGAUGCAGUUCAAGUUCUGGAAGCCAUUCCUGAUUCUUGGUCUCUCAGUGUUAUUUCUUCCUUCUUAGAAAGAUCACUUCGGCGAACAAUGCACGACUCCAGGGAAGGCAUGAUAUUAAAACAUAUAAGCGCAGGGCAGAACCUCAUUGUUAUGGACAACGCAAUGCAGGUCAUUAAGGAUGAAGGUUAUGUAGUUGAGGAGGCUGAUGAUGACGACGGGGAUAGCGACGCGGUCUUACGGCAAGAUCCCCUCGAUCUCGACGGUCCCAGUAGCCUUGUGUCUGAGGGUUUGAAGCGUAAAGAAGGCUGGAGUGAAGGCGACACCCCAAUACUAUGA